GCGAGUACAGCCGGGGCAGCCUAAGGCCGGGUGGGGGAGCCGAGCGCCUCCAGCGGGCAGAGCCGGGGGAACCCCAGGCCGGCCGAGGAGCUGCCGCCGCCGCCGCCGCCGCCGCCGCCCACCCCCGGCUUGCUUCUCUCUCCCCCUCUGCCUUGUUCUGACGUGCAGCCCCAGGCAAAGCCCCAGCCCCAGCGCCCGAUGGCCGCGGCCAAGGCCGAGACGCAGCUCUUGCCCUCGCUGCAGAUGGCCGAUCCCUUCAGCGCCUUCCCGCACUCGCCCCCCACCAUGGACACCAACUACCCCAAGCUGGAGGAGAUCAUGCUGCUCGCCAGCGGGGGCCCCCAGUUCCUCAGCUCCAUUGGCGGGCCCGAGAGCGGCGGCGGCGGAGGAGGCUUCAACCCCGCCGGCGAUGGAGGGGAGCAGUCCUUCGAGCACCUCGCCGCAGAUCCCUUUCCGGAGAUGUCCCUGAAUGGCGAAAAGGCCCUGGCGGAGAGCAGCUUCCCGAGCCAGACCACCCGCCUGCCGCCCAUCACCUACACGGGCCGCUUCUCGCUGGAGCCGGCGUGCUCGUCCGCGUCGAGUGGAGGCGGCGGCGGCGGCAGCGGGACCCCGCUGUGGCCCGAGCCCCUCUUCAGCCUAGUGAGCGGCCUGGUGGGCAUGGCCAACCAGCCGCCCUCCUCCUCGGCCUCCGUCUCGCCCCCCACCUCGGCGGCCGCCUCGCCCAGCCCGGCCCUGAGCUGCUCGGUGCAGGCUAGCGACCCCAGCCCCAUCUACUCGGCGGCGCCCACCUUCCCCAGCCCUGGCAGCGGCAACGGGGCCGAGAUCUUCCCAGAGGCGUCGAACCAGCCCUUCCCCAGCCCGUCGGGCUCCUCGCUGCAGUUCGCGCCGCCCGCCUACCCGGCAGCCAAGAGUUCCUUCCAGCUGCCCAUCAUCCCGGACUACCUGUUCCCUCAGCAGCCGCCCCCGAGCGAGCUUAGCCUGGAGCAGAAGCCCUUCCCCAGCCCGCCGCCCUCGCUCACGCCGCUCUCCACCAUCAAGGCCUUCGCCACGCAGAGCAGCGGCGGGCAGCAGGAGCACAAGAGCCUCCCGGGCGGCGGCGGCGCCUACCAGGCCCAGCUGGUCAAGCCCAGCCGCAUGAGGAAGUACCCCAACCGGCCCAGCAAGACGCCGCCGCACGAGCGGCCCUACGCCUGCCCCGUCGAGUCCUGCGAUCGCCGCUUCUCGCGCUCCGACGAGCUCACCCGUCACAUCCGCAUCCACACGGGCCAGAAGCCUUUCCAGUGCCGCAUCUGCAUGCGCAACUUCAGCCGGAGCGACCACCUCACCACCCACAUCCGCACGCACACAGGCGAGAAGCCCUUCGCCUGCGACAUCUGCGGCCGCAAGUUCGCCCGCAGCGACGAGCGCAAGCGCCACACCAAGAUCCACCUCCGGCAGAAGGACAAGAAGGCCGACAAGGGCCAGGCGCCGCCGGGGGGCACCGCCAGCGCCUCGCCCCUGGCCCCCUACGCCGCCUCGCCCGCGGCCUCCUUCCCCUCUCCCGCGCCGACCUCCUAUUCUCCCCCUGUGACGACGUAUUCGCCCCCCGUGACCUCAUACUCCUCGCCCGUGACGUCGCCCUUUCCCUCCUUCCCCUCCCCCUCGGUGGCCACCAGCUACGCUUCCAUCGCCUCCUCCGCCUUCCAAAGCCAGGCGGCGGCCACCCCUUUCCCCUCGCCCGGGGGCCUGGCCAGCCCCUUCAGCUCUCAAGUGACUUCGGCCCUUUCCGACAUGGCCUCCACUUUCUCACCACGGACAAUUGAGAUCUGUUGAGCGGGAGUGGGCAGAGAGAGGCCCUUUCCCGAGAGGAGGAGAUGCUGGUGGCGGAUCUUCCCGCUGGCCCUUGGGCCAGCAGACCUCGGCUCUGGGGUGGGGUGCAGGGGAGAGCUGACACUCGCCAGCCAACCUAUCCCCAGCUUCCAGCCGCCAUCGAGGUCCCGGGACUGUCCUUUUAACUUCAACUGCCUGGAAAAAGAAAAACAGUUGCUCCACCCCAUCGGAGUUCCUCUGCUUCUGUCCAAGGACACUGAUUUGCAUGGGCGAUGGUUAUCUCCUUCCAUGAUAAUUCCUCCCCCCCCCCGCCCCCCUCCAGCCGCGAUUCAUUAGGAAGCAAGGGACUUUGGCAUCCCUGCCCAGACAAUGUAUAUUGUAUAUGUGCCAUGGCUUUGCUCUCCUUCUGGGUUCUUGACAUGGAAACCUUUGCAUUCUCAUAUUGCAUUAUUUGGAGUAUGAAGGGCCAUCUUUUUGUAUAUGGUAAAUUUUUGCUCGUUUAGUGAUGACGAAGCUGUAAUGAGUUUUACAACUUGUUAGGGGGAGGGGGGCAAGGGAGAAAAAAUCAGCACUUAACUAUGUAUUUGAGCAUGUCAAGAGUGUGAUGUUCUUUGUAAAUAUCACCUUGAGGAUGAAACACUCUCUCACGUGGCAAAAAGUUUUCGUUUAGGUUUUUUUCCCUUUCAAGUCCCAAGUCUUGGUGCCUUGUUGUGAAGCCCUGCUGACGUCAUGCGUUUGUGUGAUUGGAUGCUUUGCAUCUAGCCUUAAGGUGAAAGGGAAAGUGUGGAAAGGGACUCAGGCUCAAAAACAAAAAGGAAGGAGCCCGAGGACAGAAUGUAAGCAAAAAAAAAAAUUCGAACUUCUCAAAAGUCUAUUUUUGUUACAGAAGUGUAAAUUUAUAAAUAUAUAUUCAGGAGUUGGAAUGUUGUAGUUACCUACUGAGUAGGCGGCAAUUUUUGUAUGUUAUGAACAUGCGGUUCAUUAUUUUUGUGGUUUUAUUUUUUGACUUUGUACUUGUGUUUGUUUAAACAAAAGUGACUGUUUGGCUUAUAAACACAUUGAAUGCGCUUUACUGCCAAUGGGAUAUUUGGUGUACAAUACCCUACAGAAAAGUCAAUAAACUAUCGAGAGACCA